AUGGCCAGCCCUGCCUCGCACAAGCCCAGGCGCAAGGGCAAGACAAACGCCAUCGACCUCGAUGUCCGGCCGCGCGCCGAAGCUCCCUCCAAAGCACCCUUGUUCCCACUGGCCGGAUUCCUCUGGCCGCUGCGCACGGCAUCAUCGCAAUGGACCGUCCUCCCCCUCGUACUCAUGGUCGCUGGCCUGUUUCGCUGGGCUGCAGGAUUCUGGGGUUACUCUGGCUUCGAGCGUCCCCCCCUAUUUGGCGAUUACGAGGCGCAGCGACACUGGAUGGAAAUCACGACGCAUCUUCCCAUCUCCCAAUGGUACUUUCACGAUCUCGAGUGGUGGGGGCUCGACUACCCGCCCCUGACGGCCUAUCACAGCUGGCUUCUUGGCAAGAUUGGCGCAUUGUUUGACCCUGCGUGGUUUGCGCUCUUUACGUCGCGCGGAUCUCAUGACGCCAAUCUCAAAGUUUUCAUGCGCGCAUCCGUCAUCGUCUCCGAGUACCUUACCUACAUCCCGGCUGUCGUGGUGUUCGUCCGCCGCUUCAGCAGGCUGAGCAGCGUGCCGAACUGGGCCAGCAAUGUCGCCCUCGUUGCCAUCCUAAUGCAACCCGGCACCAUACUCAUUGACCAUGUUCACUUCCAAUACAAUACAGUCAUGCUGGGGCUGGUGCUUGCUAGCAUGUCGAGUCUCCUCGCUGAGCGAUACAGAUGGGCUGCCGUCUUCUUCGUCGGUGCACUGGGCUUUAAGCAGAUGGCGCUCUACUAUGCGUUCAGCGUCUUCGCUUACCUUCUUGGACGUUGUGUUAAGCCUAACAUUAGCAUUGGCCGCCUCAUUGGCAUUGCCCUGGUAACGCUCGUCUCGUUUGCCGUCCUUCUGGUGCCAAUCAUCGCCGGUGCUCUCUAUGAUGAACACCGUGGCAUCUCCUCGCGCGCCGAGCUCGGAGGCCCUCCACCACCGCUGCCGAUCCUAUCAUUUCUCUCGGACUAUCUCGAUACCGAUGCUUUCUACUAUCCUGUGGUGGAGCAGCUCGUGCAAAUGGUGCACCGUGUGUUUCCGUUUGCCCGUGGUCUCUUCGAGGACAAGGUCGCAAACUUUUGGUGUGCUGCCAAUGUGGUAAUCAAGCUACGCAACUACCCCAAUGACUUGCUGCAAAAGGCCUCCCUUCUGUUUACGCUGCUGGCCAUUAUCCCGCCAAACCUGAUUCUGUUCGCCAAGCCGCUCAAGGCUACUAUGCCGUUGGCCUUUGCCACGACGGCUUGGGGCUUCUUUCUCUUCAGCUACCAGGUUCAUGAAAAGAGCGUGUUGCUGCCUUUGAUGCCUAUGACGAUGCUUCUUGCGGGCAAGCAGGGUUUGAGUGGAAACGUGCGCUCCUGGGUCGGUUUCGCUAACAUACUCGGCGCGUGGACCAUGUUCCCGCUGUUGCAGCGUGUGGACCUUACCAUCCCCUAUGUGGUGCUCACUCUUCUUUGGGCAUACCUUCUUGGUCUCCCACCUGUGUCAUGGACCGCUCCGCUGCAAGACGCUCACACUACGCCACUUGUGCGGUACGCUACAUUGGCGCUGCAUUCGGGAUUUUACGUAUUGAUGGUUGCCUGGCACAUUGCCCAGGCGCUUUUACCGCCGCCGCCGAGUAAGCCUGAUCUCUGGGUAGUGGCUAACGUUGGCAUUGGCGCCGCUGGCUUUAUGAUUUGCUACGCUUGGUGCUUCUGGAGACUGAUUGCGGAGAGUGACAUACUGCCCGUUGCCGCUAAGACGACUAAGGCAAAAAAGGCGCAAUGA